AUGCUGGAGAAAAGGCAGGUGCAGCUGACAAAUAUCAACGUAGUUCCCUUUGGCAUUUGGCAAAACAUUGAUGAGCACCUCAGAUUCAUGAUUCUGAAGGAUGAAGUGCACCCCGAAUUGGACACCUGUAUCAUUGUUGAAUAUAAAGGUCAUAUGAUCCUCAACACGGUGGACUGCACCAGGCCAAACUACGGCCGACUGCCUCACAAUGUAGAUCUGAUGAUGAGCGACUUUGCUGGGGGGGCGUCUGGCUUCCCCAUGACCUUCAGUGGAGGAAAAUACACAGAGAGCUGGAAAGCCGAUUUCAUCAAGAAUGAAAGGAAGAAGCUCAUGAACUACAAGGCCCAGCUGGUAAAGUCCUUGCAGCCCAAGAUCUACUGCCCGUUUGCCGGUUACUUUGUGGAAGCACAUCCCUCAGACAGGUACAUUAAGGAAACUAACACCAAAAACAACGCGGAUGAGCUCAAUGCCCUGAUCAAGAAGAGCGCUCCAGGCAUAACAACAUGGACACCAAAGCCAGGCGCUGUGCUCGAUCUGGCCCUGGAUCUGAUGAGCCCCAGCCAGUAGGAUUGCUCAUCAAUCAGCAAAUCGUGUGUGUGUCCAUGUCUGUCAUAUCAGUCUAUACUCUAUAGAAAUGCCAACAAUCAUCAAU